UUUUUUGGCUCUCUCUCUCUUAUUGUCUUCCUUACAUUCUUUUUUGAAGCGGCCUUGUGCUUCGGGAGUCUUUUUUAGAAAUAUGCUAAGACAGAAUGCAGAAACCCUUCGUCUCUGCAACACCCACCUUGAAAGUCUCCUUUCUAACCCUCCAAUCAGACCCAAACAACUUCAUCUCGCUUCGAAGUUCAUGCAUGGCUCUGGACCUGGGGAGACGGACUUACCCACUCCGCACGCGGCAAUAUUAGCCGGCGAUCUCAACGCCUUUGCGCCUGAAGAUCUCACCGCGCCAAAUGAGUGUGGGCUCCAUGAUGCAUUUCUGGUUCUUGGCGGGAAGGAUGGCACGGAGGAGAGCUUCACGUGGGGUCAGCAGAUUCCCGACUGGUUGAGGGAGAAGUUUGGAUGUUCUCGUAUGGAUAAGAUUUUGUUUUGUGGUGGGUUGGAGGUGGAGAGGUUGGAGAGGAUUGGAGCUGGGGAAGUGGUUUGGAUCGAGUAUCCAAAAGUGAGUGAUGGAGAGAGUGAUGAUGAGGAAGGGGAGGAAAUGUGGAUUACGGAUCACUUGGGGCUAUCUGCUGAGUUUAGGAUUACGGGUUUCGAGGGAGAGGAGACUGUAUGAUGACUGGUGUCUCGAAAUCUUAAUGCGAUGCGACGACUAUACUGACCCAUUAAUUUGUUU